AUUACGCACGAAUCUUUGUAGUAUGGUCCAACUUUUUUCCUCGCUCUCGCAUUACUUACGUCUCUUUCUGAGACUCAGAAGUUCAUCAGCUGUUUCUGAAAGCAUGUCGACAUCACCUUCAACAGAGUUGGACAGGGAGAUCGGGGAGCUGCUGGAGGAGUUUGAAGCCGUGAUGGAGGAAAUGAGCGCGCCAUCGGUGAGAGCGCCAUCGGUGAGAGCGCACGGCGCCUGCGAGCCUUUGCUGGGUGAAGCGGAACAGCGGGCUGACUUCAGCGACGCAGUGACGGACAGCGGCAUCGAGGACACGGAUGAUACUAGUGAACCAUCUCAGGCAAGCAGCUUGAACGCGAGUGUAGAGGAGCUCAACACUGCAGGCAUGAUGACUUCACGGAAAGCUAAACUCGGGGACACUUCUGACCUAGAGAGCUUUAUUGAGAACCUGGACAAAGAGCUUGCAGAGAUGUGAACAGACAGGACUCAUGUAACUACAGGACAGGAGCCAAGACUAUCAGCACGUACCAGCAAGAAGAGACAGAGAACUGGCAUCCAUGAACAAACCGAAUCUCCCUCUUGGACAGGAUAUUCAGUUUGUAAUGCACCCAAAAACAAUAAUUACAAAACAAAUUACAACCAAGACAAGUUAACAUGAACAAUCUUUAAUCCUGUGAAAAUGAAUCUGAUUUAUUAGUACAGAUGUUGAUAUUUUUGAAUAUCACUGGUAUAACUGAAUAUGAACCAAGACAAACAUCUCAAUCAGUAAUAAUGAAGUUUUUUUAGUCUGUGCUACAAAGAUUUUUUAAUUUUUUUAUGUUUGGCUAAACUUGUUUGGAAUUCUAUCAGCUCAGUAGCUUUUAAACUAUAACUACUUUUCUUUCAACUUAAGUUUUUUGAUGUAAAAUUUCAUCUAGUUUUAACUACUUUGUUACUGUUAAAUUAUUAUGGCAGUUCGUUGUAUUCGAAUA